AUGCUCCUCCUCCUAUCCCUCCUCUCAACCCUCGGCCUCGCCGCCCCCCAACUGGGCACCUCCCCCUGGGGCCCGAACGUCUCAUCAACCAUGCUCCGCUUCGGCUGCCACCAGCUCGUAAUCGACCGAAUCGACCCCCUCGUCAACCCAGGCUCCCUACCCUCCCCACACCUCCACCAAAUCGUGGGCGGCAACGCCUUCGAUAUCUCCAUGCCACACAACACCGACAUCUCCUCCCUCGCCAACUGCACCACCUGCUCCUACUCUGAAGACCUCUCAAACUACUGGACCGCCAACCUCUACUUCCGCGCACGAAAUGGUUCCUACAAACGUGUCCCCCAAAUACCCAACAGGCUAUUAUUCGGCGAUGAUUUCACUACCAAAACGGAUGGUGGCUUCGUGGUGUACUACGUCAGCGGUGGGAUAGGGGACGUGACUGCCUUUCGGCCUGGAUUCCGGAUGUUGGUUGGGGAUGCCGGGAGGAGGGAACCGCAGGGGUUGAGGAAUCAAACUUGCUUCCGGUGUUAUACCGGGCCUGACUUUGGGGGGGAUGAUAAAGCGCCUUGUGUGGAUGAUGCGGUGGACUUUGAGGGGUUACCCAAUAAAAUGUGCUGGGGGAUUAGGAGUAAUGUGCUUUAUCCGACUUGUUGGGAUGGGAAGAACUUGGACAGUCCUGAUCAUAAGAGCCAUGUGGCGUAUCCGGUUGAAACCGGGCCGCAUACGUUUACUGGGUUGGGGACGGGAGGACAGUGUCCGGAGAGUCAUCCUGUUAGGAUACCGCAGUUGAUGCUUGAGAUUGUGUGGGAUACGAGUUUGUUUAAUGACCCGGAUGAGUGGCCGGAGGAUGGGUCGCAGCCUUUUGUUUUGAGCACGGGUGAUACUACGGGGUAUGGGCAGCAUGGGGAUUAUGUGUUUGGGUGGAAAGGGGAUUCUCUGCAACGGGCGAUGGACGGGGUGUGCUUUGGGGCUAAUUGUCACGUGCUGGAGAGCCAGUCUUUGGAGGAGGCAAAGAGGUGUAGUGUGUCUUCGAGAGUGGGGGAGGAGGUGGAUGGAUGGCUUGAUACGCUUCCUGGGAAUCCAGAUAUUCGGGAGAAGAAGUGA